AUGGCUGUAUGGAAAGACCCCGUUGAUAGAUUUAUCGAAUUCCUUCGCUUUCGUACAGUCAGUGCUGAGGGCCCCGACGGAAGCUACAAAGAGUGUGCGGAAUGGCUGCGUGCGUAUCUCGAAGAAUUGGGACUGUCGGUUCAAGUGAUUUCACCCUUUGAGAACAAACCUCUUGUACUGGCGACAUGGCAAGGUGAAGACCCAACACUACCUGGAAUCAUUUUGAAUUCGCACUACGACGUCGUGCCUGCAAUGUCUGAACACUGGAUCGAUGAUCCUUUCGAGGCCAAGAUCAUGGAGGAUGGUCGUAUCUACGGCCGUGGGACUCAAGACAUGAAGAGCGUUUGCAUUCAGUAUGUGGAAGCAGUCUACAUCCUCAUCUCUUCUGGUUUCACGCCCAAACGCAACAUUUACUUGCUUUUUGUGCCCGACGAAGAAGCUGGAGGUGCUCAGGGAAUGGGGACGUUUAUCACGACAGACCACUUCGAGGCCAUUCAGCCUAUUGCGUUUGCAUUUGACGAAGGUCUUGCCAACCCAGGUGAUGCUUACACUGUGUUUUAUGGUGAGCGAGCGCCGUGGUGGGUUUAUGUGACAGCACAAGGACCCAGCGGCCACGGCAGUCGAUUUAUCAAAAACACGGCCACUUCGAAGAUUGUUGACAUCUGCAACAAAGCGUUGGCUUUCCGUGACGAGCAAGAAAAAGCCCUUGGCGCCGAUGUCGGGUGCAAGCACGGCGACAUGAAGAAGAAAAAACUCGGUGACGUGACUACUAUCAACAUUACUGCGCUGCAGAGUGGUGUUUCACGUGACGGCGGCAAGACCCAUGCUCUUAAUGUGAUUCCAACGGAGGCCAUUGCUGGCUUUGACAUUCGUAUUUCGCCUGCAAUCGAUAUCGAUGCAAUGGGAAAAAUGCUUGAUAAAUGGUGUGCCGCCGAGGGCGUUUCCUGGGAGUUUGCUUCGUGGACAGAGCCAUUUCACCAGCACUACAUCACAUCGCUCGAUAAGGACAAUGUCUGGUGGCAGCUUUUCCAGAAGUCAUGUGCGCGAAUCGGCGAAAAGUUGGAGACUGAAAUCUUUCCUGCAGCCACUGAUAGUCGCUAUCUCCGCAAGGCUGGUAUCCAGGCAAUCGGCUUCUCGCCUAUGAAGCAAACAGAGAUUCUGCUGCAUGAGCACAACGAGUAUCUGCACAAGGACACUUUUCUGCAUGGAAUCAAAGUGUACGAGGCUAUUUUUCGAGACAUGUUUGCCUACGUGUAG